AUGAGCAGUCUAAUCGGAGAAGCCAGGCCGAUGGCCGGCCAAUGCCGCCGCCUCAGAGCCAAACAGGCCAUUUGUGUGCGAACCGAGGCUGCGCACGCAACCGACGACCAUCUCGAAGAUGGGCCGACGACCUUGAUGACGCAGAAGCCUAGCGUGUUGCAUCCUUUCGUGUUGCGAGCGACGCGGUACGUUGUGGAGCACAGACUCUUCACCAUCCUGACAACACUCCUGACAGUUUAUGCCCUCACCGGCGACGAUUGUCGCCUGCUCUUCACCCACCAGCCAGCAGAUCCAGUCUUUGAUGGACUUACCUUGUUUUGCAUCUGUGUCUUCGUGCUGGAAAUCGUGCUGUGCAUGUUUGCAAAGGAUGAUUACAUUCUUAGCUUCUUUUUCUUCCUGGACAUAAUCUCUACGAUCACCUUGGUGAUCGAUCUUACAUGGAUCGCUGAUAUUAUUCAGGGGGACGACGAGGACAUGUCCAGUGAUGAGUCUGUCUCUGGAACUGCAAAGAUUGGAGCUAGAACCUCUCGAGUAGUUCGGGUGCUGAGGCUGAUACGAAUCAUCAAGCUGUACAAGGCAAUCUACGAAGCUAGGCAGCUGCAGAAGAAGAAAGAGGAGCUUGCGAAGCAAAUUACCCUCGAGCAGAUGUACCCUGCCAACGACGAUGAGGAUUCCUACGACGAGAUGGAGGCAAACACGGCAAGCAUGACGAAGGCUCCGGGUAAGGAGAGCAGGGUAGGGAAGAAGCUUUCUGAGCUGACCACACGCCGUGUCAUCCUGCUCGUCCUCGUCAUGAUGCUGGUGCUCCCGUACCUCAAGGUCGAAGAGGCUCAACAGUUUCCUACCUCUGCUGGGUAUGGUGCAGACAUUGUGAAUCAGGCCUUUGAUCAGUACUUGGCCAGCAACUCCACGGCCGACAAGGAGAGAUACGACAUGGCCUUGCUUGAGUACAUCUAUUACCACAACUGGUACACCAAGCAGCUGCCUGAGUGCCCGAUUACCGAAAGCGACGGCUCGCGAUCAUGUUCAAGCUCGAUUUCCUUCGACUCGCACGUGUUCUGGGUUGGCUUUGUGGCCACGAAUGAGGCGUUGCUUCUGGAAAGACUCCCGAAAGCUUCAGUGUCCCCAAGUGCAGUGGCAGACAUGGAAGCCCUGGUGACCCAAACAUCGGUCGGUGAUCAGGCGUGGCUUUAUGUUUUUGGCCACAUGCCAACCAACGUCCAAGCAACUCUCGGACUCAGUUGGAGCAGAGACUGUCCCUUGAAAGACAACAAGAAGCGGCGUGGGCUCUCCAUUUUAGCAGAAUCAUUUCAGGAAGGUCAAUGGCAGGUUGACUAUGCAGUUCCUUGUCCAGAUGAUCUGCGAAGAGCCGAACGCAAGAAAUACACUCCGCGCUUGAACAUCGCGAAAGAUCAGUUCGAUGAACUUCACUUUGCAUUUUACUUCGACUUGCGACCGUUCGUGAAGCAGGAGUCUGUGUUCAAUCUGCUCACUGUCGUGUUCGUUUGCAUCAUGCUGCUUCUCGCCUCCAUCGGCUUCACCAACGACGCAAACCGACUUGUGCUGUAUCCUGUUGAGAACAUGAUCGCCAAGGUGGAGACAAUCCGGGCUAACCCCUUGGCUGCGAUGAAAGUGGCGGACGAGGAGUUCAAGGUCGAGGAAAUCAACAGGGCCAAAGCUGCCAAACAGGAGAAAACACGCUGCCAGGCACUCUUGGAGUCCAUGGGAUGCUAUUCCAAACGGGAGAAUACAGAGAUCAUGGAGACAGUCAUCUUGGAGAAGACCAUCAUCAAGCUGGGAUCUCUCCUUGCGCUUGGCUUCGGGGAGGCUGGCGCGAACAUCAUCGAGCACAAUAUGCACGGUGUCGACAGCGCCUGUGUAGACGCCAUGGUGGAAGGCACCCGAGUGGAGUGCAUCAUUGGUGCUACCCGAAUACGAGAUUUCAGCACUGCGACAGAGGUUUUGCAAGCCAAAGUGAUGACCUUUGUCAACCAGAUAGCAGAGAUUGUCCACGGGGUCGUCGACGAGUUCCACGGCGCCGCGAACAAAAACAAUGGUGAUACAUUCCUGAUGAUCUGGAGAGUGGCUGGUGACGACGAGAAGGUCUCCAAGCUGGCUGACAUGUCCAUUCUGGCUUUCACCAGGAUUCUUGGUGCCAUCCACAGGACUCCGGUUCUGGCAGCAUACCGUGGUCAUCCUGGCCUGCAACAGCGCUUGGGCAAAAAUUGCAGGGUAAACCUCAGCAGUGGCCUUCACUACGGCUGGGCCAUCGAAGGAGCUGUCGGAAGCGAGUUCAAGAUCGAUGCGUCAUAUUUGUCGCCGAAUGUCAGUAUAGCCGAGACGGUUGAGCGAGCUACGCAGAUCUAUGGCGUAAGCUUGCUGGUGGCAGAGUCAGUGGUCUCCAUUUGCUCAGCGCCCAUGGCCGCCAAGUGCCGGCUCAUCGACCGGGUCAUCAUUACAGGGUCCGUGGUCCCCAUGGACCUUUAUGUCAUUGACCUGGACUACAUGAGCCUUACGGUGGAGCCGCCUCUGGGGCCCCAGCGCUGGACCACCAAAGACCGGUUCAAGGUGAGACAAUUUCUCGAAAACGAGAAAGAUCAGAAGCUGGCAGACGGCGUAAAAAUGGUGAACCUCUUCAACGAGAAUGCAGAUAUCGCUUCUAUGCGCUUCCGGUACACGCUGGAGUUCAUUCAUGUCUUCAACAUGGGCUACCAGAAUUACUCGCAGGGAGAGUGGCAGGUGGCACAACGGAUGUUAGCUCGCACGAGAGAUAUGCUCGGAGUGGAGGACGGGCCAAGCAUCGCAUUGUUGAAGUUCAUGGAGCGAACAGGCUUCGAGGCUCCAGACAACUGGAUGGGUAUUCGCGAUCUUGGCUUGCUUCCGUUCAUGAGCAGGGCCCUUCUAGGGGCGGACGGUCUUUUCCUACAGGCUCCUUUCAUGAGCUUGGGCUCCCGGGUGGCUGCACUGGAACGUGAGGAGCUUCGGCAGUCACACCUGGCUCGCGUGGAGCCGCCUGCCGGGAGAUUGGGCUUUUUCUCCGCCGGUUUUUACCAGGUUUUCCGAUUGCAGUGUGCUCGGCGGCUGGGCUUGAGCUGCCAGCAAAGUGGUGAGAUGGCUCUUUCUGAGCCCGAAGCCGACUUCGACGGUGAGCCUGUUACGGCUCGGGACGCCCUUGCUUCGGGCGAAGGCUUUGUGGAUUCCUUUUGCCCGCCGGCCUUGUUGCGAUGUGGGGCCGACGAAGGGGACGAGGCGAUCACAGUGCAAACUUUAGUGGUGCGAGAGGUGGAGGGAAAGUUGGUUGUGGCCGUGCCUGCCUCCGCCUGGCACAGAAAGGUGUCGAAGCGUACGCUCCCGAAAGGGUUUUUAACCAAGGUCGCUGCUGCAGAGGUUGCUGCCUGUGCCGCCUCCGAUCGAGGCACCGCCGUCGAGGGCGUCGCUUUAAGGGUCUGGUUUGGUCUGCUGGAACUCUCGGCAGAGCAUGCUCUGGAUGUCUCGGAAGACACCGCCUCAGUGUCUCUUGGGGCGCUGGCCGAUGGAAGCCCUGCCCUGCCCUUUGUGCCUGCCCUCGUUGCUGCUGUGAACGAGAGCUUUGCCUUCGUCUCUGCGGAGUCGGCCGGACCCGCUUCGGCUCCCCUUGCUGCUCGUCUCGACCGUCUCGAGCGGCUGCUUUCGUCCCUGCCUCUGCAAGGUCCUCAAGAGCCCGAGGUGAAAGGUCAGGCCCGUGCCAAGAGCAAGGCGGCUCCGAAGGCUGCUGCCAAAACCCAGCAGGUGCGAGGUGUUUUGGAUCCGUCGGUGGCAGCAGCUGCAAAGGCUGCUGGAGUGCCCUCUACCACCCUGAGCGAGUUCGAAAGGCUGCUUGCCCAACCGGCUGGGAGUCGCUUUGCCCCCGAGCCUCUGCCUGUCGCCGGCCCCGACCCUUUGGAAGAGUCGGAGGCGGAGGCGGUGGAGGACGACGAUGGUGCCGAGGUCGCGGCCGCAGGUGCUGGAUAUCCCGCUCUCAGGCCGAAGCAGCCCAAGGAGAGCAGCCAAGCCGAGCAGUUUGCCGCCGCUAUGUUCAGGAUGAUGGAAGGAUAUUCCAGAGGGCAAGCAGCAAAAGCUUCAGCUUUGGAGCGGGCCAUGGACGGCGUCGGAGGUGGUACGGGCGAGUCCUCGGGACUCCCUUCGGGCCGGCGAAAUGCAUCAGCCCGCCGGGCCUUGCGAGAAGCCCUGGUGAGCUCCCCGGGCGAAGUGACAGCGGUGAUAGAACGGCUGAUGCAGGAGGAUAUGGCUUCCUCAGCCCCGGGGGUGGGCAUGCAGCAGCAGACCAGUGCCAGAGCGUGGCUGGAACACCGGUCCCGCGUGGGCCCUUACCCCACAGCGAUGUACCUCAGCUGGUCGGCCGCGGGGGCCCUCGACGCCCUGCGGGCCGGCCUCGUCGACCAGGCUCGCGCGAGACUCAACGUGAUGUUGAUGGUCAUAGACCAGAUGUCGGUCGACAAGGGGUCGUGGACCCUAGCCUCCGAAUUGACCCUAGAACUCCCCCCGCCGGUCCAAUCUUUCCGUCUCAGGGAGCAUGCGGCCAGCAGCUCAGGCGGGUUGGCGUAUUCCAGACUAUUGGAUGCAAGGUGGGCAGAGGUCUCGCUGACUCACCUGAGGGAGCAGAUGGACUUUGCCGAGCGCCGGCAGAAGCUGCAGAAGGGGCAGGCCGCAGCACUGAGCCAGGAUACGGCUCCCGAUCUGAAUGCCGAGGGAGCGGCUGGUGCCCCGGGGCGUCCGCCCAGAAAGCCCCCCAA